GAACGAAAAUGCAAACAUAUAUACAACGCACGGACGCACUCGCUUCUUCUUCUUCGUCUUCUUCUCCGAGCAACCGGUUCUCAUUUCCUCCUCCUCCGCCACCGCUUCGGGUUGCAGAAAAUCGGUGCCCGCCGUCCAUGGCUCUUCAAGCUUGUUCUCUCGCCGUCGGCGUGCCGUCCCUCGCGCCGCCGCGUCUCCGCCGCUCCCGCCCCGGCCCCUGCCCCGUCGUUCGAGCCAAAGUGGAGCCAACAGAGAAGUCUGUUGAUAUAAUGAGAAAGUUCUCAGAGCAGUAUGCACGCCGAUCAGGAACAUAUUUCUGCGUUGAUAAGGGUGUGACUUCUGUUGUUAUUAAGGGACUGGCUGACCAUAAAGACACAUUAGGUGCACCGCUUUGCCCAUGUAGGCAUUAUGAUGACAAAGCGGCAGAGGUAGCUCAAGGUUUUUGGAAUUGUCCUUGUGUUCCAAUGAGGGAGAGGAAAGAGUGCCACUGCAUGCUCUUCCUCACUCCAGAGAAUGAUUUUGCUGGCCAAGAUCAGGCCAUUUCGUUGGAGGAAAUCAAGGAAUCGACUGCAAAUAUGUGAUGCUAUGCCAUGUAGUUGACUUGUUGUGAGAUCUCAACCUGAUUUCGAACCCUUGUUAGAAGAAAAUGGACAUACUACUGAGAACGAAAAGGAGCAGCAGUUUUUAAGCCCUCCAUUGUAUAUUUUGUAUGCUAGCCUACUGUCACACUUGUUAUCUGAAAAUGGAGCUUUGGUUUCCUC